AUGUCUGUGACCAGGCUCAACAGCGUCAAUGGCUUUCUGGAGGACGGCAGGAUGGAGGCAGGGGACAUGGGCAGGAUCCUCCGCUGCCUGGAGAUGGGCACCGUCCUCACCUUGUUCUAUCAGAAAAAGUCACAGAGGCCAGAGCGAAGGACCUUCCAGGUGAAGUUGGAGACCCGGCAGAUCAUCUGGAGUCGGACACCUGAGAAAGUGGAGGGGGACAUUGACAUUCGGGAGAUCAAGGAAAUCCGCCUGGGGAAGAACUCACGGGACUUUGAGCGCUACCCUGAGGACGCUCGCAAGCUUGACUUCACCAUGUGCUUCAUCAUCCUCUACGGGAUGGACUUCAGGCUGCGGACACUCAGUGUGGCCGCUUUCUGUGAGGAGGACAUCAACCUGUGGAUAACGGGCCUCAACUGGCUGGUGGCGGACACCCAGAAAGCCCAGACCCCGCUGCAGAUCGAGAGGUGGCUGAGGAAACAAUUUGAUGGGAUGGACCGGUCACGGGAAGGCAGCAUCACGGUGAAGGACCUGAAGGCCAUGCUGCCCCAGGUGAACUACCGCGUUCCCAACAUGAGGUUCCUGCGGGACAAACUUGUGGAGGUGGAAGCCAGGAACGAGAUGACUUUCUCCCACUUCAUCCAGUUCUACAAAAACUUGAUGUUUGAUGCGCAGAAGUCGGUCAUCGAGCAACUGGAGCUCUCGUUCCCCUUGCGGAACGUGGACCGCCCUGAGCUGUGCCAAAUCUCCCUUUACGACUUCCAGAAGUUCCUGCUGCACGACCAGAAGGAACCCUGGGCCAGCGACGUGGGCAUGGUGCGGGACUACAUGUGCACCUACCUCAAGGAGGGCUCCAGUGAGGCAACAGACCCCUCCUUCCAGCUGGACGAGUUCCUCACGUACCUCUUCUCCAAGGAGAACAUGGUGAUGGAUGCCAAGUAUGAGCGUGUGGUGCCUGAGGAGAUGAACCACCCCCUGUCCCAGUACUGGAUCUCCUCCUCCCACAACACGUACCUGACAGGGGACCAGUUCUCCAGCGAGUCCUCCCUGGAGGCAUACGCCCGCUGCCUGCGCAUGGGCUGCCGCUGCAUCGAGCUGGACUGCUGGGAUGGCCCAGACGAUCUUCCUAUCAUCUACCAUGGCCACACACUCACCUCCAAGAUCAAGUUCCUGGAUGUGCUGCACACCAUCAAGGAACAUGCAUUCGUCACCUCUGAGUUCCCCAUCAUCCUCUCCAUCGAAGACCACUGCAGCAUCGUCCAGCAAAGGAACAUGGCCUCCCACUUCAAGAAGGUUUUCGGGGACAUGCUACUCACCAAGCCAGUGGACAUCAAUGCCGACGAGCUGCCCUCACCCACCCAGCUCAAGAAGAAGAUCUUAAUCAAGCACAAGAAACUUGUCGAAGGGAACCUGUACGAGGAGGUCUCCACUGCCAGUUACUCAGAGAAUGACAUUAGCAACUCCAUCAAGAAUGGCAUCCUCUACCUCGAAGACCCCAUCGAUCAUACCUGGAGCCCCCAUUAUUUUGUCCUGACAAGCAACAAGAUCUACUACUCAGAGGAGACAUCCCGCUACCAGUUCAAUGAGGACGAGGAGGAUGUGGAGCAGAAGGAGGAGUUCAACAACAACGAGCUGCACUUCACGGAGAAGUGGUUCCACGGGAAGUUGGGAGGUGGCCGCGAUGGACGGCAGAUCGCUGAGAAGCUGCUGCACGAGUACUGCACCGAGACAGGUGGCAAAGAUGGCACCUUCCUGGUGCGCGAGAGUGAGACCUUCGUGGGUGACUACACCCUCUCCUUCUGGAGGUCCAGCCGGGUACAGCACUGCCGGAUCCACUCGCGGCAGGUGUUCUACCUGACGGACAACUUGGUCUUCGACAGCCUCUACAGCCUCAUUUGCCACUACCGCGAGGUGCCGCUCCGCUGCAACGAGUUUGAGAUGCGCCUCACCGACCCCGUCCCCCAACCCAAUGCCCAUGAGAGCAAAGAGUGGUACCACGCCAGCUUGACACGCCUGCAGGCUGAGCACAUGCUGAUGCGGGUCCCACGUGAUGGAGCCUUCCUGGUGCGCAAGCGCAGUGAACCCAGCUCCUACGCCAUCUCCUUCCGGGCAGAGGGGAAGAUCAAGCACUGCCGCAUCCAGCAGGAAGGUCGUCUCUUCAUGCUGGGCAGCUCAGCUGAGUUUGAGAGCCUCGUGGACCUUGUCAGCUACUAUGAGAAGCACCCGCUCUACCGCAAGAUGAAGUUGCGCUACCCCAUCAAUGAGGAGACCCUAGAGAAGAUGGGCACCACUGAGCUGGACUAUGGAGCCCUGUAUGAGGUGCGGACCCCCCACUUCUACGUAGAGGCCAACAAGAUGCCGAUGGCCAGGUGCACGGUGAAGGCUCUCUACGACUACAAAGCACAGCGGGAGGAUGAGCUAUCAUUCUGCAAGCAGGCCAUCAUCCACAACGUCGACAAGCAGGAUGGCGGCUGGUGGCGAGGGGACUACGGGGGCAAGAAGCAACUGUGGUUCCCAGCCAACUACGUGGAGGAGAUCGUCAGCGCACAAGCACAGGAGCAGGAUGAGGCCUCAUCGGAAAACAGCCCCCUGGGGAACUUCUUGAAAGGCUUCAUCGAUGUGCCAUCCUGCCACGUCGUUAUCUCCAAAGACGGGAGGAGCUCCAAACCAUUUGUCUUCACCAUCCAUUCCCAGCAGAUGUCCCACGCAGCCCAGUCACUGGACGUGGCCGCGGACACGCAGGAGGAGCUCAGCGAGUGGGUGGCCAAGAUCCGAGAGGCCACGCAGAACGCCGACGCCAGGAUGCAAGAGGGAAAGAUCAUGGAGCGGAGGAAGAAGAUUGCGCUGGAGCUCUCCGAGCUGGUCGUGUAUUGCCGCCCGGUGCCAUUCGAUGAAGACAAGAUUGGCACGGACAAGGCAUGCUACCGGGACAUGUCCUCCUUCCCGGAGACCAAGGCAGAGAAGUACGCCAACCGCAGCAAGGGCAAGAAGUUCCUGCAGUACAACCGGCGCCAGCUCAGCCGCAUCUACCCCAAAGGGCAGCGCCUAGACUCCUCCAACUAUGACCCAUUGCCCAUGUGGAUCUGCGGUAGCCAGCUCGUGGCCCUCAACUUCCAGACCCCCGACAAGCCGAUGCAGCUGAACCAGGCGCUCUUCAUGCUCGGUGGCCGCAGCGGUUACGUCCUGCAGCCAGACAUCAUGAGGGAUGAGACAUUCGACCCCUUUGACAAGAACAGCCUGAAGAUCGUGGAGCCCAUCACGGUGCAGCUGCAGAUCCUUGGUGCCCGGCACCUGCCCAAGAAUGGGAGGAGCAUUGUGUGCCCCUUCGUGGAGGUGGAGGUGUGCGGCUCAGAGUACGACAACAGCAAGAACAAGACAGAUGUUGUAGCUGACAACGGCUUCAACCCCGUCUGGCUCUUCAAGCAGUUCGUCUUUGACAUCAACAACCCCGAGUUUGCCUUCCUCCGCUUCGUGGUGUAUGAGGAGGACAUGUUCAGUGACCCCAACUUCUUGGCACAAGCCACCUUCCCUGUCAAGGGCCUCAAAACAGGUUACCGGUCAGUGCCGUUGAAGAACAGCUACACUGAGGACCUGGAGCUUGCCGCCCUCCUCAUCCACAUUGAGAUCAUCAACGCAAAGGAGGAAGACGAGGAGAACCUCUACUCGUCCAUCCAGCAGCUACGGGACCAUGCCAGUGAGCUCUCCAGCCAGGUCUCCAGCUAUGAGCGCACCAACGGCUGUGACUCCCGCUACCAGCAGCGCCUCGACGAGUUACGGGCAGCUCAGGAGCGGCUCAUGGAGCUCACGGAAGUCCGCAACCGCAAGUUGAUGGAGAAGAAGAAGAGGGACCGGCAAAUGGUCACCAAACGCAGCUGA